AUGGAUCCUGUUGCCGUUUCCUCCUCCGCUGCCUCUGCUGAUUCUACCUCGGCCAACACCAUCACCAAUAAUAACAGCAGCAACGGAACUGGUCGCAAGGGACAACCCCCCAAACGUGGCGGUGUUCGUAACAACAACCAACAAAAAGGCUCCCAGUCAGACUCAGCAACAGCUCCUAAGCCUAAACGUCAGGAUGGUCGCAACAAGAAGGACAAGGAUUCCACAGCUGCUGGAUCUGCUCCCAACCCAAGAGCACCCAGGACCAUUGCUGCCACAGACCCGAUCGAUCUCCAGGCGGGCAGGGAGGCCUCUGCCGAUGCUGAGAACAGCGCCACUACAAUAACUACUACUACUCCUCCUCCUGUUGCUGAGGAUGGUGCUGAACACUCGUGCUUCAUCUGCACAGAGAAUAUUGUCAUCUUUGCCGUCUCUGACUGUAACCAUCGCACCUGCCAUCUCUGCUCCCUCCGACUGCGCGCCCUCUACAAGACCAAGAACUGCGCUUACUGCAAGGCUGAUCAAGGAGUGAUGAUCUUUACGAGACACCCAGAAAAGUCUUUCCAGGACUACAACUUGAAGUCGAUGGCAUACUAUGAUCGCAAGCUGAACAUCUACUUUGAGGAUCAGGAGAUGUACGAGGACACGAUGGUCUUGUUGAGGUUCAACUGCCCCGAUCCCACCUGUGAAGUCGCUUGCCCCGAGGGUUGGAACCAGCUCAAGUCUCACGUCAAGAAGGUCCACAAACUAAUGCUCUGUGACCUGUGUGUCCGCCACAAGAAAGUGUUUGCCCACGAACACAACCUGAUGACAGCCUCACAACUGAUGAAGCACUUCAGGAGCGGCGACUCUGGACAGGCCAACCAAAACUCGGCCGAGCCCUCAGGCUUCAGGGGCCAUCCCGAGUGCGGCUUCUGCAAGGAAAGCUUCUACGGCGACGAUGAGUUGUUUGAACAUUGCAAGAAGAACCACGAACAGUGCUUCCUUUGUCUCCGACGGAAUGUCCGCCACCAAUACUAUGACAAGUAUCUCGACCUUGAGCGGCAUUUGCAUUCAGAGCAUUACGCGUGUAUGGACCCAGAAUGCUUGGAGAAAAAGUUUGUGGUGUUUGAUUCCGAUCUGGACCUGAAGGGCCACGAGGCCGAGAUGCAUCCCAACACGACACACGGCCAGAGAACCCGGCUUCGGGACGCCAGAAAGAUCGACAUCAGCUUCAACUAUCAGUCUGCUAGCGAGAACUCGAACGCUCGUCGUGGUGGUCGUAACAACAACAAUAACAACAACAACCGCCAACAAGGCCGCAACAGCAACCGGGAACCAGAAGUCCCAGCACAGCCUCAGCUCACACCCCACCAGAUCCAGCAGAUUGCGCUUCAGCAGCAGAUGGCAGAGGAGCACGAAAGACGUCAAAACAGCGAGAAUGCUGAUGCUGCUCGUGAAGGUCUUGCAGAUCUCUCCCUCGACUCAGUACCUCAGCAAAAAUCAAUGCUGCGGACGCGACCACCAGCAGGCUUUGGUACUACUUUGUCCGAGCCCGCGCCUAUCCGCCCUCAGAGCUCGUCGACCUCUGCCGCAGCCCGUGUUGCCGCUAACAUCCAGCGGACAUCUAGCCCCAUGCGCGUCAACUCUCCUGUUGUCGUCUCGCAGUCCAGCUCGGACUGGCCUGCUGUCACUGGAGCUGGUUCUGCCGCUGUCAACACGCCAUCUCUCCGUCCCAAAUCCUCUGCCACCGCCACAGGUGGUGGCCCUGUGUCGACUGAUACCUUGAGCAAGCACAGCGCAUUGCAGGAGCGUGUCCAACAGUAUCUUCAAGGAACAAGUGGAUCAUUAUCCCAGUUCAGGACAUUAACAACACAAUACCGCAACUCGCAGAUACCAGGCAACCAAUAUGUCGCAUCGCUGUCGUCCUUGUUUGGGAAUGAUAUAGACAAGACUGGCAAGGUGAUCCAGGGUCUGUACGAUGUCUUGGACUCUGAAAGCAAGAAGGCCGAGAUCAUGCGUGUCUGGCGUGACCAUAAGACUGUGCAGAGCCAGUUCCCCUCGUUGGAAUCGACCUCUUCCCCUACAAUGGCGGACAUUGCGACGCCAUCGACCCGCCGAGUCCUGGUGAUCAAGUCGUCUGGAACGACCCGCGGUGGUCUCGGUCAUGCGAAGCCCAAGUCCACGAGUACAUGGGAUCGCGCCGCCGCAGCAGCGGCCUCGUCGUCAUCACCCAACAGGACAAACUCGCCAGGAGGGUUCCGGUCAACGGCAACCCCUGUGUUUUACCCGACCCCGCAGUUGAACUCGUCGUCGGCCUCUGUCUGGACGACUCCUCAAGCCUCGGAUGAUACCUACACCGAGCCAGUGUUCACCCCUGUGGCCAGCAAGAGUACCAGCUCUAGCCAACGCAAUGCCAACAGUAACAGUAGCAGUAACCUUGCUGGAUUGGGAGGAUCAGCAUCGUGGGCAGGAAUCCCCCAGACGACCACCUCGAGCUCGUCAGCUCCCCAGUUCCGCCCCUCGACUGGCAACUAUGGUCGCCCCGUUGCAGCAGCUGAUCAGUUCCCCUCGCUUGUCAGCCAGGCCCCUGUUGGCCUCAAGCCUUCGUUCGGUUUGUUGCCGAUGAAGAAGAGCCGCAGCCAGACUGGGCAGGACGAGCCUAAUGGGUGGGUGAGCGGCUGGAACAACCUGACGGCGGCGGCGGACCAAGAGGAGGAGGAGUCUUCGACGGGCAAGAAGAAGAAGAACAAGAAGAAGAUUCUCUUCCAUGUCGGUUAA